ACAGUGUGGACCAUAGAUACCCCUUCCUCUCAGAGUCAGGGGAUCAUUCAGACAGCUGAUCGAUAUAUAUUGGUCAUUAAAAUUCACCCAGAUUCGUUUGGACGGAUUUGACGUGGAGUUCGGGGUGUCACAAUGAAAGGGCCGGAUGGCCGAACUCUCUCCGUUGUCCAAACAUCCUUCCAGAUCUCCAGCCACUGGUGGCGCUGUGCAGAUCUCCGGCCUUCGGCGACGAUGUGCAGACCUCCGGCCAUCGGUGGCGCUGCGGAGAAACGCCUGCUGAACGCAUGCGCGGUGCCGAGUGCCGCUGUUGUUGGCGGUUCUCCGAUUCGAGCAGGGGUGAGUCGGGAAUGAUCCCGGUGUUGUGUAACUCGGGGGCCGGUUGCAUUGGGAAAGGGCCGGGCCCGAGCUCUGCCGGACGGCUGAGGAGCAGGGCUGCAGUGUUCGACCAGUGGUGAGAGGUUUCAUGGAAGGAAAACCCCAACUGGACGCAAACCACGACUGAAGACGAGGGAACAGCAACAAGUGAACCAGCCCGAGGACUGAGAGCACCGACUGGAGAGGACCCAUCUGACUCGGAGAUUCCAGUGAUUCAGUCAGGAGAAAGUUUGGUUAAAAACGACAAGGAAUUUGUCUAUGGGAAUUCAAACACAACACACCAGUUGUGCUGUCUCUGUUUAGAUAUUUAAGGAGCAAGAGAUUCAAUCAACCAUCCUUCCUGCUCAGACUGUGGGGAGAGAUUCACUCGGUCAUCUGACCAACUGACACGUCCGUCAUUUUACACAGGGGAGAGACAGUUCACCUGCUCAGACAGUGGGAAUGGAUUCACUCAGUAAUCUCAACUGAAGCUACACACUGGGCAAGGCCAUUCAACUAUUCUGUGUGUGGGAAGGGGUUCAGUCGGUCUUCCCGCCUGUGGACACACCAGGCAGUUCACCCUGGGCAGAGGCUGGUCAUCUGCUGAAUUUGUGGGGAAGGAUUGACUCGGUCAUCUGACCUAAUGGCUCACCAGCGAGUUCACACCGGGGAGCGGCCGUUCACCUGCUCAGAAUGUGGGAAGGGAUUCACUCAGUUAUCCAGCCUACAGAGACAUCAGCGAGUUCACACUGGGGAGAAGCCGUUCACCUGCUCAGAAUGUGGGAAGGGAUUCACUCGGUCAUCCCACCUACUUGAACACCUGCGAGUUCACACUGGGGAGAAGCCAUUCUCCUGCUCAGAAUGUGGGAAGGGAUUCACUCAGUUAUCCAACCUGCAGAGACAUCAGCGAGUUCACACUGGGGAGAAGCCGUUCACCUGCUUACAAUGUGGGGAAGGAUUCACUGAUUCAUCCAGCAGACUGAAACAUCAGCGAGUUCAUACCAGGCAGCGGCUGUUCACCUGCUCAGACUGUGGGAAGGGAUUCACUUACACAUCUAAUCUGAAGGUACAUCAGCGAGUUCACACUGGUGAGAGGCUGUUCACCUGCUCAGUCUGUGGGAAGGGAUUCACUCAGUCAUCCAAACUACAGAGUCAUCAGCGAGUUCACACUGGGGAGAAGCCGUUCACCUGCUCAGUCUGUGGGAAGGGAUUCACUCAGUCAUCUACCCUACUGGUACAUCAGCGAGUUCACACUGGGGAGAAGCCGUUCACCUGCUCAGAAUGUGGGAAGAGAUUCACUCGGUCAUCCCACCUACUUGAACACCUGCGCGUUCACACUGGGGAGAAGCCAUUCUCCUGCUCAGUCUGUGGGAAGGGAUUCACUCGGUCAUCUGGUCUCGAAAAACACCAGCAGGUUCACACUGGGUAGAGGCCGUUCACCUGCUCAGACUUGACAAAACUGUUUGACCAGGAAACAGAAAUCUGGGAGCUUUGAGCUGGAACAGCAAGAGCAAUAACCUGGAGUCCUGAAAAAGGAAGGAAAUCAAGUUGAGAUAAAAAAAAACAUCAAAGCAUCACUAAAAAGUUGUAUUGUCCCCUGCAGAGGG